CAUUGUCAGGGUCUGGACUCACAUUCCUUAGUGGUGACAGGAUGAAGAGUACAUGUUCUGAGGGUUAAGGGCUGAGUUCUUCUGUAUUUACCUGCAAUCACUCAUGUUGGGAUAUCUCUGCCCAUCAGAGAAGUGAGAAGUGGAGGCUUUUAUCGCAGCAAAGUGAGAAAUGUACCAGCCUUAGGUCCCUGCAUCUCCUAGGGGUCAAUGACUCCUUAGUGUAAUCACUUUCUGACCAAGGCUAGACCACAGAGCAACUUCACAUCUGAGGAUAUUAGUUCUGAAGACCUGACACCUUAGUUGUCUCAAGGACCCAGUCAUGGGGAGCUCGCUGCAUUUCUUCUCUUGGAUUGCUUUUCUGGUAUUGAGACCAUAUGGAAAUCAGGCUCAUGGGAAUUACACACAGCCACAGGUUCAUCCAGGCUUUCAGGUCUUGAAAUCAGCAUCACACUAUUGGCCCUUAGAAGUGGUAAACGGAAUCCGCGAGUUACCUAGGGUGGACGACAGCAGGAGCGGUUCUGGUAAUGAAAGCGAUAAAACAGUCAUCAUCCACAGCUACAUUGUGCUUCCUUACCAUAACACCUCCUUAGUCAGUAGCAAUGACUCUGCCUACUCUAACCUGUCUGCAACUGUAGAUAUUGUAGAAGGGACGGUGAAUCAUGGCAUUGUACUUAAUGAUCAGAAGGGAGUGACCCUGCUAUACUUUGGAAGUUCUAAAAACUCUUGUAUCAGUGAUCCAAGUAUAUGUGGGCCAGAAGGUGUCUCGUUUUCAUUUUUUUGGAAAAUCCAGGACCAACAAACAAAGAAACAGCAGGAUACCUAUACCCACAAUUACCAGCAUAUAUCUUCUCCAAAUAGGGGCAAUAAAGCUCAUCAAGCCUUUGGGAAAAAAGUAACUUCUCAUGGUUUUGAAAUCUAUUCAGAUGAACAUGAUGGUUUUGUGGAGGUUUACACUCGUGGUAACUCAAAGGUGUGGAAGGCACGCAUUAAAGCCCCAGGUCCUUACUGGACACACGUCCUGUUUACCUGGACUUCCACCGAAGGUCUGAAGGUUUAUGUUAAUGGCACGUUCAAUGCAAGUGAUUCCACAGGUCAGGUUUCCCAGAGUUAUGGGGAUAGUAACGACAGCCUGGUUGUUGGAACCAACAGUGAUCUUAACAAACAUUAUGUGAAUGGAGCUUUCGAUGAGUUCAUCAUAUGGGAGAGAGCGCUCAAUCCACACGAGAUCCACCACUAUUUUACAGCUGCCAUUGGGGAUGAAACAUUUCCUACUGCAACAGUAUCUAGUCCUCCAGGCACAUCCCACCCGACGGUGUCCACAAAUGCCUACAAUCUAAUUUUAACAAAUCUGACCCAAGACAGAGGGAGAUCUUCCCACUCACUGCCUGUGUUAGGCUACUUGGAAGUUGUCUCGCAGACCCUGCCCAAUAAAUCCUUGACCAAGGAUACCGCAGGCAACUUGACUCAGGCCUUCCUCAAAACUGUGGAAGAAGUUCUUUCUUUCCCUACCUGGAGUGAUACACCAACAGUUUAUCCUGCUGUUGGAGGACUCAUUGAUACCGUUGAUAAAGUCAUGGGGCAUAUGGCAAUAAACCUCAUAGAAAACCCAUCUAUGAUUGUUACGCUGGAAGGCAGAUCUUCUGUAGCAGAUUAUGCCAUGGUGAAGGUGCCACAGACGUUAAGCCUAUCCCACUACCGCUUUCCAUCUGCAGGGCAGUCAUACAUCUCUGUUCCGGGAGAAGCAUUUAUGAGCAAAUCCCGAACGACCAUUGUUGGAUUGCUGUACCACACUAUGCAUCGCCACUACAGGCAGAUUAAACCGAGUGACACCAGAAUCUCAGAAGCAAAUCGGUUCAAGGAUCAUAUGAUCUCAGCGGCCAGUUACCUCAUCUCUUUGAAGGUUCAGCCACCUCCAUAUCUGUGUCCAAACCUAUCUGGGUCACCUCUUAUUACAAUACAGCUGACACACAUCCUGACUCAUCGACUCUACAUAGAAGCCGCCAACAAUAGUAACCUUGUACACUUGUAUUGUGCCUUUCUGGACUUCAGCUCUGGUUUAGGUAUCUGGUCCAGUGAAGGAUGCAUUCGUGUAGAAGGAAACUUAAAUUACAGUGUUUGUCGCUGCAAUCAUCUUACUAACUUUGCCAUUCUAAUGCAGGUUGUUCCAGUCACGCUUUCUGAAUCCCACAAGGUGGCGCUGUCCUCCAUCAGUUAUAUUGGUUGUUCUCUGUCUAUUUUCUGCCUGGCAAUUACUCUGGUCACAUUUGCUAUACUUUCCUCAGUGAGCACAAUCAGAAAUCAACGAUAUCAUAUCCACGCCAACCUCUCAUUCGCAAUAUUGGUUGCACAGAUCCUGCUCCUUAUCAGCUUUCGCUUUGUUCCUGGAACGUUACCCUGCAAAAUUGUAGCGAUCCUGCUGCAUUUCUUCUUCCUAAGUGCCUUUGCCUGGAUGCUCGUGGAAGGUCUGCACCUCUACAGUAUGGUUAUCAAAGUCUUUGGGUCGGAAGAGAGCAAGCACUUCUACUACUAUGGAAUUGGAUGGGGUUCUUCCUUGGUUAUCUGCAUUGUGUCUGCAACAUCUGCGCUGGACAGCUAUGGAGUUGGGGAAAAUUGCUGGUUGUCUCUGCAGAAAGGAGCAAUAUGGGCAUUUGUGGCUCCUGCAUUGUUCGUUAUCGUGGUCAAUAUUGGUAUCCUCAUUGCAGUAACCAGGAUCAUCUCCAGGAUUAGUGCUGAUAACUACAAAGUCCACAGAGAUGCCAACGCUUUCAAAUUAACAGCUAAAGCUGUUGCAGUGCUCCUGCCGAUCCUGGGAAGCUCCUGGAUCUUUGGAGUCCUUGCUGUCAAUGAACAGUCCAUCGUGUUUCAGUAUAUGUUUGCCAUCUUCAACUCUUUGCAGGGAUUUUUCAUCUUCUUAUUCCAUUGCCUUCUCAAUUCAGAGGUGAGAGCAGCUUUUAAGCACAAAACAAAGGUGUGGUCCCUGACUAGUAGUUCUAUUCGCAACAUCAAUGUAAAGCCUUUCAACUCUGAUGUAAUGAAUGGGAAUCGAGCCAAUACGUCUCCUACCAAGAUGAAUACGUGGGACAAAAGCAGCAAUUCAGCCAACAGAAUUGACUUGUCUGCUGUCUGAUUAUAAGAGGGUUUUACUACCAAUAAAAAAAAAAAUCACUGGAGGCCUUUUUGUACAUAAGUUUGUCUUUCCCUAAUUCAACUGAAGGUGCCUUAUCUUUAAUAAUACUAGGAUAUUUCCACCAUGUUUACUACAGGGAAGGUUUUGCUUUUUCAGCCUGAAGAAACCAAUUUGUCUUCAAGCACACGACUACAAAGAAACAACUCCAAAAAAAAGUGCUGCAAGUGCCAAGAUGCCUUAGAGACCAUCUUCUGCUAAGUAUCUAGAAAGCAUCAAGGAAAAAAGUAAUGUUAUACCGUGCAAUAGACUGCAUUACUAAACUGAUCACUACAGGAUUAUUGUGUGACAGUAAAAGACAAAAAAAUCCAUCACACAAAACAGUUUUUAGAGACUUUACAAUGAAAGCCUUUUAUCUGCACACUGCUGACCUUCUUCUUGUCCAGCUUUAUUUAUGAAACACGUAUUGGUGGACAGGUAACACAAUAAGCUAAAUUGUAACGUGAAUAGAUAUAUUAAUUGGUUACUUAAUUGCUGUGAAUAAGAUGGCACCUUGACCUUGGUAGUCAACUUUAACACCUCUGGUGAUGUUGUCUUACUGAAAUAGAAGACCUCUUACUUGCUGUUCUCUGAUAUGUCCUCUCCAUAUAAUUAUAGGUCUGGUAAAGGAUGUGUGAUAGUACUGCUGGUUCGCUUUGUAUUGGAGGAAAAUUCUAUAAUGAUUAGCCCCCAAACCAACCAAACAUUUUAUGCACAUUGUUAAACUUUUGUGAUAGUUUCUAGUAUUGUCUGCUUAAAGAGAAGAUUUCAAGAAAAGAACAUCAUGAACAUCAGUUUUUACAGUAAGGUCUGAUUCACAUGACAGUAAUUUCCAUUCAUGAGCUGUCCUGACUGCUUCUGAGACUCAUUGAUUUAAAUGAAUGGUGGUCCAGAAAAAAGAGAUAGACCUAGACCUUGUACGGACAUCUAUAUAAAUACAUUCUUUGUGGGUGGAAAUCAUUAUAGUUGCCUGAAUCAGACCUAAAUCCAAAGGAAUGUCAAAUAAUCUAUUAGGGAAUUCUGAAUUAAUCAAGGUGUGGGGGCCACAAGGAUAAUGUCUCUCUGUCCUAAAAUACCUGGUAUGUUUUUGCAUCAUCAAUUGAUUUUGAUGGGUGUCAUCAUGGCAUGUAAUGUUCAUGUUCUUGUGAUGUGCUACAGAGAACCUAGAUGAUUGCUCCUGGGAUCCCACAAUUACCACCUUUCUAGCAAAAUGAGAUUGUCCAAAGCAGACAAACCCUUCAACGUGCAUUUCGUUUUAAACUCCUGGCCCCCAAGAAAACAUCUAUAUUUGGCACAUGUUACCAUAUGUGGUGUAAUCAUGGAUUUAUGAAUCAUGGGACACUACAUUUACAUGGAAUAAUAUAGCAACAUCUAAAAUUCUUUCCACACUCACAUUGCCCUUGUACCAGGAAUGAAUAAAGAAAAAUAGUAGAAUCUGUCUUACAGUGCACCCCUGAUUUUGGCUUCUAACGCUGCAAAGAGAAACCUGACCGUGUGGACAUACACUUAUGGUGGCUCAGUGGGCCCCUGUAUUAUCUAAAGCUGCUGUUCUGCUUUCUAUUUUCGGGCAAUAAUGUAGAUCAAAGGCAAAUCAAUGAUCCUUUCUAAGGCUAUGUUCGGGUGCCUCUGAUGGGUGGCAUCGAUCACCCAUAGGUUUUAACCAUAACAAUUUAUGUGUUUUAAACAUAUGUUUUUUCCUGGGUGCCAUUAACACAGUCAUGCUAUGUCAUGCUGUACCACAGUCAUGUUACAGUCAUGCUGUACUAUGCCAUGCUGUACUGUUUUUAUGCAGUAUACUGGCAUUUACGACCAGACAGAGGCUAAAAAGGCACUCUUUUGGCUCACAUCUAGCGAAAUUAACCCUAUAGACACAUUUAGCGUGUUCCUCAGGAGCUUUCCCAGGGUACGUACUAAAUAGGCAUCAUCAACGUGAUGUGAACACACUCUAGUCUGAGUUACAUUUUGUUUUCUACGAUAGAUAUUCAUUAGAGCUAGGUGACUAUACUGAAAAUAACAUUUCUUAUUGACAGAGUCUCAGUUAUGACCAGCAUUUCCUAGUAAAAUAUUUCCAUCCUAAGUUUUAACUAUCUCAUUAAAAACAAUUUUCUCUCUGUGGGACUAAUAGAGAAGUUUUAUAGUAACGUAAUGCUAUCCAAUUCUAGAUCACAAAUGAUUUGUCACGUUAUAAAAGCUAGUCGCAAAUUCUGUCAGUAGGAUAAAUUAAAAUUCUAUGCUGGUUAUAUUAUUUUAAAAACUGUUAGAGUAUGGAGUUGCAGUUUGGAUGUUUUUACUUUUUGCUUAAAAACGGGAAAAUAUCCUGUAAUGGCCUGAUAAACAUUGCUAUAGUUGCAAUCAUCCAUUCCUAUUCAAGCAGACAUCCAUGUACUGAUGCUUCUAGCAUUCCAUUAGUCCUAAGUAACAAAAAAAAAGCUCUUUUAGUAUGACUGUAUCGUAAUUUAUGGUGAAACCAAGGUACAUUAGCAUUUUGGACUGAAGAUCCAUUUAUAAUAAUUUAAGGCAAGCAAUUUUCUGACAGCCAUACUGCUGAUCCAAGACCUUGAAUAUUUGUAUGACAAAUGACAUCAAAAUUCAGGAUUGCUUGUAGCAGAACCAAAUAUAUUGUACCUUCCAUUUCCGUGAUGUAUCAUUGAUAUCACCAGCUAUUUUUAUAAUGUCUUUAAAUUAUGAGCUAAGAAGGGUGAUGAAAGCUUAUAGAGCAUACAUGUAUCUGAAAAUGUACAUUUAUACAUCAUAAUGGAUCAUAUUUUACUGCCAUGUUACAUUUACAGUACUUAUAGGGGAAAUGAAACAAAUUAAAGCAAGCGUUCAUCAUUUGUAAACUUUUACUUGUAUAUUAGGCACCUACAUUUGCCAUUAUAAGUGGAAGCAACAUAAUGGGGUUGUUUCACCUCAGCAAAUGGAAUUUAUCAUGUAGACAAAAUUAAUACAAGGCACUUAUUAAUGUAUUUUGAUUGUCCAUAUUGCUUCCUUUGCUGGCUGGAUUC